AUGAAAAAUAUCAUUGAUGACAGUCAGCACGGAUUUAUGAAAGGAAGAUCAACAAUAACAAAUUUAGCUGAGUUUACAUCAUGUGCAAUAUUGGGCAUGGAAAACCAUAUACAAACUGAUGCAAUAUACCUAGAUAUUGCAAAGGCCUUUGACUCGGUCAACGUCGAUUUACUUAUCCGCAAAUUGGCUAUUAUGGGACUAAAUGAACAAUUGCUCAAAUGGAUCAAGUCAUAUUUGCAUGGUCGCCAGCAGAUUGUGAAAUUUGAUAAUGAUAUGUCGAGCCCAAUUGACGUUACAUCGGGAACUGGACAAGGAUACCCGAUUG